AUGUCCACUGUUGUGUACCCCGUGAGCCCCGUGACAGGGCCAGGUGCCGCACGGUCCGUAUGGGAAUUGAGUCCGGAUCCCGACGUGGUAGGGCAUCUACCGAACAGUCCACUUUCCGUGGCGGCACAUAGCUCCCAGGGCUCUGCCAAGGGAACCCGAGCUAGACGAAGAAAUGGGCCUGAUGAUAACGUUUAUACUGAUGAGGCUACCCCAGGUCAAGGCCCUACAGAUGAGACUAUACGAAUUUUUGAAAUUCUUAGAGCAGGAGAAAUGGAGGCCAUUGAAGAGCUUGUGGAGAAAAGUGGUUUAAGCGUUUUAAGUGCUAGAGAUGAAUGGGGAUACACACCUGCACAUUGGGCAGCUUUGGAUGGUAAUGUUGAAGUGAUGAGAUACCUGGUGGAACAAAAUGGACCUGUAGAUUUAUCCUGUCUGGGUACACAAGGCCCACGGCCUAUACAUUGGGCCUGUAGAAAAGGGCAUAGUGCCAUUGUUCAAUUAUUACUCAAAGCUGGGGUAGCUGUGAAUGCUGCAGAUUUCAAAGGAUUGACACCACUCAUGACGGCUUGUAUGUUUGGGAAAUUUGCCACAGCAGCCUUUUUACUUGGCUCUGGAGCCUUAUGUCAUUUAACUGAUAUAAAUGGAGAUACUGCAUUGCAUUGGGCAGCUUAUAAGGGACAUGCUGAAUUAAUUAGAUUACUUAUGUACAGUGGAGUGGAUUUACAGAAGCCUGAUUAUUUUGGCUCGACACCUUUGCAUCUGGCAUGUCUCUCAGGAAAUGUUAGCUGCGUGAAGAUCCUAUGUGAGAAAAGUAAAAUAGAACUGGAGCCACGUGAUAAAAAUUGCAAGACCCCAUUGCAAUUAGCUAAGAGUCAUAGACAUUCCGAUGUUGUGAGAAUUUUACAAGGUGAACAAAAGCGCAGGGCACGUUGGGUCCCACCUAUCAACGAAUUAUGGGCUCUUCUUUUUGGCGGUGCCGGCAAUAGCAAGGGACCAUUACUAUUAUUUAUGGGCUCAGUACUCUUAUGGGGGUAUCCCAUGUAUUUGUUAAAAUGUAUUCCCAUUACUUGGAAUCUUCUUCGAGGAAGUCAUUACUGUUUUAUUUAUUGGAACGUUGUAAUGUGGAUAUCCUGGAUCGUAGCUAACAGAAGGGAUCCUGGUUAUGUACCACAGAACAGUGAUACUUAUUAUAGAGCCAUUAAGCAGAUUCCGUACUUCGACAAGUGGAAGAAGAGAAAUGUUAUUUUAUCAAGACUAUGUCACAGCUGCAGAUGUUUCAGACCUCUAAGAGCUAAGCAUUGCAGAAUUUGCAAUCGAUGCGUGACCUAUUUUGACCAUCAUUGUCCUUUCAUCUAUAAUUGCGUAGGAUUGAGAAACAGAAUGUGGUUCUUCCUCUUUGUUAUGUGCGUGGCCAUAAAUUGUUCAUUCACAUUAUAUUUCGCCUGUUACUGUAUCGCAAUAGAAGGUAUACAGUUGCUAUACGUUCUUGGCUUAUUGGAAGCUUUUGUAUUUUGCGGACUUGGCUGGAUACUCACUUGCACUUCGGUACUGCACGCCUGUAUGAAUCUCACCACAAAUGAGAUGUUCAAUUAUAAAAGAUAUUCUUAUCUCCGCGAUAAGAGAGGCAGAUAUUUGAAUCCCUUUAGCAGAGGCCCCAUACUCAAUUUUAUUGAAUUCUUCCUCUGCCCUCCGGAUCACUAUGGGAAUGAUCCUCAGCACUAUCAUAUUCUCAGCGAAGAAGCGAUGUGAAAUGGAAUUGCAUAUUAAUGGCCUACGAUGACACUUUCUCUUAUUCUCUUACGAGCACUCAUGCAUUAGCAUCUCAAGAAUUCUAUUUUUUCGCACUAAUUGUUCUUCAUAAAAUUAUAUAACUCAAUUAAAUCUAUUUAUCUAUAGCCGGGAAACUUCGGUCACAUUCCUGCUUAGCAUUUGUACAAAGAAAAUCGUUCAAUAAAUGAUUCGUUACAUCGAA